AUGACUUCGGCCACUUCACCUAUCAUUUUAAAAUGGGACCCCAAAAGUUUGGAAAUCCGGACGCUCACAGUGGAGAGGCUACUGGAGCCGCUUGUCACACAGGUGACGACCCUUGUUAACACCAGCAACAAAGGCCCAUCAGGUAAAAAGAAAGGGAGGUCAAAGAAAGCCCAUGUCCUGGCUGCAUCUGUAGAGCAAGCUACUCAGAACUUCCUGGAAAAGGGGGAACAGAUCGCUAAGGAGAGUCAGGACCUCAAAGAAGAACUGAUUGCUGCUGUGGAAGAUGUGCGCAAGCAAGGUGAGACCAUGCGCAUCGCCUCGUCCGAGUUUGCUGAUGACCCGUGCUCAUCCGUGAAGCGUGGCACCAUGGUGCGGGCGGCAAGGGCUUUGCUGUCAGCUGUAACCCGCUUGCUCAUCCUGGCGGACAUGGCAGAUGUCAUGAGACUUUUAUCUCAUCUGAAAAUUGUCGAGGAGGCCCUGGAAGCUGUCAAAAAUGCUACAAAUGAGCAAGACCUUGCAAACCGCUUCAAAGAAUUUGGGAAAGAGAUGGUGAAACUUAACUACGUAGCCGCAAGGAGACAACAGGAGCUGAAGGAUCCCCACUGUCGGGACGAGAUGGCCGCCGCCCGAGGGGCCCUGAAGAAGAACGCCACGAUGCUGUACACGGCCUCCCAAGCCUUCCUCCGCCACCCAGAUGUUGCGGCCACAAGAGCCAAUCGCGAUUAUGUGUUCAAGCAAGUCCAGGAGGCCAUCGCCGGCAUCUCCAAUGCUGCUCAAGCGACCUCGCCCACGGACGAGGCCAAGGGCCACACGGGCAUCGGCGAGCUGGCUGCGGCCCUGAAUGAGUUUGACAAUAAGAUUAUCCUGGACCCCAUGACAUUCAGCGAGGCCAGGUUCCGGCCGUCCCUGGAGGAGAGGCUGGAGAGCAUCAUCAGCGGGGCCGCGCUCAUGGCCGACUCCUCCUGCACCCGGGACGACAGGCGCGAGAGGAUCGUGGCCGAGUGCAACGCUGUGCGCCAGGCGCUCCAGGACCUGCUCAGCGAGUACAUGAACAACGUAAGAACAGGGACGUGGUUGGAAGAGAGGAGCAAAACUGGAAGGAAGGAGAAAGGAGAUCCUCUAAACAUUGCAAUUGAUAAGAUGACCAAGAAAACAAGAGAUCUAAGGAGACAGCUUCGGAAAGCUGUGAUGGAUCACAUAUCUGAUUCUUUCCUGGAAACCAACGUCCCUUUGCUGGUUCUCAUUGAGGCUGCAAAGAGUGGGAAUGAGAAGGAAGUGAAGGAAUAUGCGCAGGUUUUCCGUGAACAUGCCAACAAGCUGGUGGAGGUUGCCAAUUUGGCUUGUUCCAUCUCCAACAAUGAGGAAGGGGUGAAAUUGGUUCGAAUGGCAGCUACCCAGAUUGACAGCCUGUGUCCCCAGGUCAUCAAUGCCGCUCUCACACUGGCUGCCCGGCCGCAGAGCAAAGUUGCUCAGGACAACAUGGACGUCUUCAAAGACCAGUGGGAGAAGCAGGUCCGAGUGCUGACGGAGGCCGUGGAUGACAUCACCUCGGUGGAUGACUUUCUUUCUGUCUCAGAAAAUCACAUCUUGGAGGACGUGAACAAAUGUGUGAUAGCCCUCCAAGAAGGGGAUGUGGACACUCUGGACCGGACUGCGGGGGCCAUCAGGGGCCGGGCAGCUCGAGUCAUACACAUCAUCAAUGCUGAAAUGGAGAACUAUGAAGCUGGUGUUUACACUGAGAAGGUGCUGGAAGCUACAAAAUUGCUCUCUGAGACAGUGAUGCCACGCUUUGCCGAACAAGUGGAGGUUGCCAUUGAAGCCCUGAGUGCCAACAUCCCUCAACCAUUUGAGGAGAAUGAGUUCAUCGAUGCCUCUCGCCUGGUGUAUGAUGGCGUUCGGGACAUCAGAAAGGCUGUGCUGAUGAUCAGGACUCCAGAAGAACUAGAGGACGAUUCUGACUUUGAGCAGGAGGACUAUGACGUGCGCAGUAGGACAAGUGUUCAGACCGAGGACGACCAGCUCAUCGCAGGGCAAAGUGCGCGGGCCAUCAUGGCGCAACUACCGCAGGAGGAGAAGGCAAAAAUAGCUGAGCAGGUGGAGAUAUUCCACCAAGAGAAAAGCAAGCUGGAUGCCGAAGUGGCCAAAUGGGAUGACAGCGGCAAUGACAUCAUUGUGCUGGCCAAGCAGAUGUGCAUGAUCAUGAUGGAAAUGACAGACUUCACAAGAGGCAAAGGCCCAUUGAAAAAUACAUCCGAUGUCAUUAAUGCUGCUAAGAAAAUUGCCGAAGCAGGUUCUCGAAUGGACAAAUUAGCCCGUGCCGUGGCUGAUCAGUGUCCUGAUUCAGCAUGUAAGCAGGAUUUAUUAGCCUACCUUCAGCGAAUUGCCUUGUAUUGCCAUCAGCUUAAUAUCUGCAGCAAGGUGAAGGCGGAAGUGCAGAACCUGGGAGGAGAGCUCAUUGUGUCAGGGACAGGAGUUCAGAACACUUUCACUACCUUUUAUGAGGUAGAUUGUGAUGUCAUAGAUGGGGGCAGGGCUAGUCAACUUUCUACCCACCUCCCAACCUGUGCUGAGGGAGCUCCGAUCAGUGGAAGCAGUGAUUCCUCCAUGCUGGACAGCGCUACAUCACUCAUCCAGGCAGCGAAAAACCUGAUGAAUGCUGUUGUCCUCACCGUAAAAGCCUCCUACGUGGCCUCGACCAAAUACCAGAAGGUCUAUGGGACAGCAGCUGUCAACUCCCCUGUUGUGUCUUGGAAGAUGAAGGCUCCGGAGAAGAAGCCCCUUGUGAAGAGAGAAAAGCCUGAAGAAUUCCAGACGCGAGUUAGGCGAGGGUCUCAGAAGAAACACAUUUCGCCGGUACAGGCCUUAAGUGAAUUCAAAGCAAUGGAUUCCUUCUAGGACGAUAGGCUUUAACAAGAAAGACUUUUCUUUCUUUUUUUUUUUCCCCUUUCCUUUCCUUUUUCAAUCCAUAUUUUGUAUGCAUACCUGCCGACUCAUGUGCCUCCGGCAUGGGGAAAUUAUGGGAGCGGAGUCUGUUUGCAUGCAGGAUGAGAUGGGAUCAAUACCACUGACCCAUCUGUAAGCCUGGAGAGGGGAUAGGGAAGCCCUGUCCUGAGGUGUCACAGAGCUGUUCUUUGCAACAUUCUCAUAAAAUUUGGUGAAGAG